ACGGCUGACGCCAAGUUUGGUGAGUAGCCCGCUGAGUCUACAGGCCCCAGGCAACCCUGAGAACUUGGCCUCGUGCCUGGUACAGAGGGGCUCCCCACCCCUCCCAGCAGCAUCCUUAACCUGCCUUCCCUAGUGGAGGAGCAUGAGGGAAAGAAAGACAUUGACCUUCCCACCUUGCUGUCCUCUGCCAGCUCCUGGUGGAGCAGUAGCAGUGCCUGUGGCUCCAGGAGGCCUUGGAGCCUUGAGCUGAAGUUAAUAGGGUAACAGGGAGGUGGCUGGACCCACAGUGACACCCCCUGCCCCACCCAUGGGUCCCUCAGAGUCAGGCGAUAUGAAGGCCACAGUGGCAGUGUUUUUCAUGCUCUCCGGUGCGGCCAAGCACAGUGUCGAUGGCGAAUCCUUGUCCAGUGAACUGCAGCAGCUGGGGCUGCCCAAAGAGCACGCGGCCAGCCUGUGCCGCUGUUAUGAGGAGAAGCAAAGCCCCUUGCAGAAGCACUUGCAGGUCGGCAGCCUACGCAUGAAUAGGUUGGGAGGUGUGGGCUGGCGGGUGGACUACACCCUGAGCUCCAGCCUGCUGCAGUCCGUGGAAGAGCCCAUGGUGCACCUGCGGCUGGAGGUGGCAGCUGCCCCAGGGACCCCAGCCCAGCCUGUUGCCAUGUCCCUCUCAGCAGACAAGUUCCAGGUCCUCCUGGCGGAACUGAAGCAGGCCCAGACCCUGAUGAGCUCCCUGGGCUGAGGAGAAAGGUGUUCCAGGCCUGUGUGGAGCUGCCCUGCCCGUAUGGAGUCACGCCCUCUGAACUGCUCUUCAGGAGGCAGCCCUGGUUCUAGGAUGCUGAGGCCCUGGGCUGGACUCUGGCCUCCCAGAUCCCCAGCUGCUUCACUUCUCUCUUGAGAACUCAGCUCAGGGCUCCUGAGGACCUUUCCCAGCAUUACCUUCCCUUCCCUUGAAAGGCAAUUGUUGGCUGUUUUCAUGAGCAGGAAAAAUAAACAGAAGUAUAAAGGAA